AUGUCCCACUUUGCUUUUCCGCAAAGGGCAUUAAAGGUGAAGCUUGAUGCUCAAUUUGGGAAGUUCUUAGAGGUGCUCAAAAAGCUCUAUAUCAACAUCCCAUUCAUGGAAGCAAUCUCCCAAAUGUCAUCCCAUACAAGGUUCUUAAAGGAGAUCCUAUCCAUCAAAAAGAGGCUUAGGGAGUAUGAGAUAAUAACCUUAGCUAAAGAGUGCAGUGCAAUUCUUCAAAAUAAGCUUCCACCAAUGCUUAAAAAUCUAGGUAAUUUCUCUAUUCCUUAUUCUAUUGGUGCAUUGAAUAUUGAUAGGGCUUUCUGUGAUCUUGGUGCUAGUAUGAGCUUACUGCCCUUAUCAAUAUGUAAGAAGCUGAAAUUGGGAGAGCUCAAACCAACCACCAUCUCUGUACAGUUGGCGGACAGAUCAAUAAAAUACCCUAUAAGGAUUCUAAAAAAUAUUUUGCUUAAGGUUGGUAAGUUUUUUAUCCUAGUUGAUUUUAUAGUGCUUGAUAUGGAGGAGGAUGUGAAAAUCCCAGUAAUAUUAGAAAGACCAUUCUUGACUACUGUUGGAGCUAAUAUUGAUGUGAAGAAUGGGAGGUUAACUCUAAAGGUAGAGGAAAAGAAAAGACAGCUGAGUGAGCAUAGUAUAAGCUAUAUUCUCUUUGGAAAUCGGGGUAUACUUCUAGGUUACCCUUUGAAAUUUGUUCUUGAUGUAAAUAUGGAUUAUAUGUGUGUAAAAUCAUUUGAGUAA